UGAUGGGACUCUGAGACUCAUUUGUGUCUGGUUCUGCGGUGGCAAGAGUAGUUUGACCAUUCAUGUUGACCAACCUACAAUUAGAUUUAGCUUGCUGACUUACUUUAGAUAUUUUUGAAGUAACGUCACUUGUAUGUUCUUUGUGCUUGCCUGGAGCUAUUUGUCUGUGUUCUUAUUUUAGACAGAUAGACUUAAUUGCAGUGCUAAUGUAAACCCAUAUUCUCAGGCUUUGACAUUUCCUUAUUCGUUGCAGUGUAGUACUUGGGUAUCUUGCUAGAAUUAGCCAGCAACUUGCUGGCUUGGAGGAGUGAAAUGGCAACGGUUACUGUUCCAGCAAAUACCAGUGUGUUUCUGCUGGAUAUCGAAGGCACUACCACACCAAUCACCUUUGUAAAGGAUAUACUGUUUCCAUAUAUUAAGGAGCAUCUUGAGGAUCAUUUGUCAGAUCACUGGGAAGAGGAUGAAUGCAAGCAGGACGUGCAUCUUCUAAAGAAACAGACAGAGGAAGAUCACAGACUGAACCGAGCAGGCCCAGUGCAUGCUGUGGACCAGACGGUGCACACUGACGAGGAAAAGGCCAUCCGAGAGGUAGUGGAGAAUGUCCUGUGGCAGAUGGCCGCCGACAGGAAGACCACUGCACUGAAACAGCUGCAGGGGCACAUGUGGAGGGUUGCGUACAACACUGGGAAAAUCAAAGGCGAAGUGUACCAGGAUGUAGUACCAGCCAUUAGAGGAUGGCGAAGGCAGGGGAUGAAGGUCUACAUCUACUCCUCAGGGAGUGUGGAGGCACAGAAGCUGCUCUUUGGAUACUCAGUGGAAGGAGAUAUUUUAGAUCUCUUCGAUGGUCAUUUCGACACAAACAUUGGGGCUAAAGUGGAGAGCAAAAGCUAUGAGAGGAUCGCAGAACGGAUAGGAUGCACGCCUGAAGAGAUCAUGUUCCUGACGGACGUCACAAGAGAGGCGAAGGCCGCCGAGGAGGCGGGCCUGAACGUGGCGGUGGUGCUGAGGCCAGGCAACCUGGAGCUGACGGAGGAGGAGCAGGCCCACUACAACACCGUAACCUCCUUCAGCCAGCUGGAGCUCAGCGGCAGACCUUAACAACGACACCGCAGAGACCUGCACGACUUGUCCUCGUCUAGCGUUCCCUUUCCUCAGUCUCUCUCGCCAACAUUUCCUUUGGAUGACUUUUCGUAUUUUUCUUUCCUUCUUUGUUUUGUUUUUUUAUUAAGUCCUUAUUUAUGUGGAAAGGUAAAGUGGUCUCAGAUACUGUUCAGUGAAGGGAUGACAAAAAGAGGCCGCGUUUGAGAGAAGCGGCGAGGUUAGCACAGUGCUACCACAGAACCUGCCAUAAGGAUGUGUGAGGUGAUCGUAAUGUGCCAGUUCUUUGGUUCCACUUAUGAAUAGAAGUGUUUGAAGGAGGAUCCAGGUGGCAAGUGCCAAACACGUCUUAGUCAAAAUUCCCUGGUUUCAACCAGGAUUUCUGUCAGUCCUAGAAGACAGUAGUAUAAAAUCAGUGUUUUGUCUGUGUGUGUGUGUAUUAUGCGAGUAGGGAUCCCUCACAUUCAUUCCUCCAUUCGUCUUAAUAGUCAUCUUCCUUAUUGGCGCAACUUCAUUGUAUUCUAAAUCCAUGUUCAUAGUAAAUUGAGUGGAUGCUCUGUCUAUGUGACCAAUACCACAUGAGUGAAUGUUUUGUACGUCUCGUGUGUGUGUUGGAGUGGGAGCAUACUGUUUGCAUGACAUGGUCAUGUCAAAAUUACAUUGAUUUGUAGCAGAGAGUGUCCAGCAAACUAUUUGUAGCACUGAAAUUAUGCAGACAUAAUGGCUCCAGAUCACGUUCACAAGUCCCCUGAAUGAGGACACAAUAGUCUGAAACAGGAGUCACUGUGAAGCAACUUAUUUGCGCCAACGUUUUAAUAAUCUGAAAUAUUACAAAGGUUGUCAUUACAUUUUUUUUUAAGUAUCAAGAACUUGUAUCUACAGUGUUAAGUUUGAUUGGAGUACUGUAUUGUGUCUUUUCUUUGUUCUUUUGGAAGAUCAAGAAUGUGAGUUUGUUAAAAGUCUAAGACUGUAUGCAUUUGUGUUCUUCUCAGUGGCACUGGAUACACCUGUGAGAUUUUGCAAAUGGGAAGUAAACGCAUGGAAAUCAGCCUAGUC